AUGGACAAAAUCAUCAAAAAAAGCAUCUUAGUUGAUGAUGGAAAUCCUGCUCGAUACCAUCUGCAAACCAAGACAGACAAUUUAGAUCAAUCCAAACCGUAUAGAGAAAUAGCCUUUGGUAACAGAAACAGAAACAAACCCCAUAAAAGCAUUCUGCUGGUGGGAGAAACAGGAACAGGAAAAACAACGCUGAUCAAUGCGAUGAUCAACUACAUGUUGGGUGUUCAGAGAGAAGACAAAGUUUGGUUUGAGAUCACAGAUGAUCAGAGCGACCGAACAUCAGUUCACAGUCAGACCUCCAGCAUCACUGUUUAUGGGUUUUAUCCACAAGAGAGUCCAAUCCAUUUAACAAUCAUCGACACACCAGGAUAUGGAGACACACGUGGAGUUGAGCUUGAUAAACAGAUUGCUGCAAGUUUGCUUAGUUUAAGUAAAUCUGCAGAAGUAAUUCCUGAAAUACAUGCAGUGUGUCUUGUGAUUAAAGCAACACAAAACCGACUCUCAGACAGACAAAUCUACAUAUUUGAUGCUGUUCAGUCUUUAUUUGGAAGAGAUAUCACUGAAAACACUGUCUUGCUCUUCACACACUCAAAUGGAGCUCCACCUAAAAAUGCCCUGACGGCUGUUAAAGAGGCUAAACUCAAGUGUGCAGUGAAUGACAACAAACAGCCAGUGUUUUUCCUGUUUAACAACUGCCAGUCAGACGCUGCUGAUGAACAAUAUGAAAUGAUACAGGAACAAUCAUGGGAUCGCAGUUUUAAAGAAAUUGCGGGAUUGUUCAAGUUUCUCAACAACAUAACACCAAAAACCUUGCAAAUGACUCAAGAUGUUUUACAAAAACGGGAGCAGUUGGAAGCAAAUAUCUGUAAUUUACAAUUACGUGUUGAAGUGAUGGAGCUAAAGCAAAAUGAGCUGAAACAAACUCAAGAAGCUCUGGAGCAGAACAAGGAAUUUGUCAAAAAGAACUUUGAGUAUGAAGUCGAAGUUCCCUACAAAGCAAAGAUUGAUAUUAAUCCUGAGUUAGCCGAAAAGGCGACAUGCUGCACCGUCUGUGAGGAGAACUGUCAUUAUCCAGGAUGCUGGUGGGCCACUGAUCUCUCGUGGUGCAGCGCGAUGACAAAUAAUCACUGUACAGUGUGCACUAAUAAAUGCCACUACAGCAAACACAUCAAAGAAGCAAAAAUAUAUGCAACAAGGACAAAGAGGGAAAAGAGGACAUAUGAAGAUUUAAAGAAGAAAUAUGAUGACAAAUUUGAUUAUGGUGUGUCUUUGGCCAAGGAGCUGCGACAAUUAGAGAUUGAGAAAGUAAAGCUAGUUAUGGAAGCUUUUCACUGUGUGGAAACCCUGCAGAAGAUUGCACUCAACACUGAUUCUUUGGUCACUCUUCUGCACGUUGAUUCUCUGAUUGAAAAGCUGAAGGAAAUUAAUGAGCCUGAAAAGGCCAAAACACUGGAAAACAUCAAGAAGGGAGCAGGAGAAAAGCACAGAGCUCUGGAAUACAUGAUAAAAUCCUUAAAUAUAAACAAAUAA